ACAGGGGAAGACAGGGGAAAGGGAAGACAGGGGAAGACAGGGGAAGACAGGGAAGGGAAGAGAAGAGAGAAGAUUUUGUGAGCUGAGGAGGAGACCCGACGUGUAUGUUGGUCACUUGCAGUUGUUGCUGAGACUCACUCAGACGGACCAUGUGGUUUUUGCCAAGGAGAAACUGUCGCCUCUCCUCUCAGCAGCAGGACCAUGGUGCCCACAUACCCAGCGCCAUCUUCAGCCUCAGCAUCACCACGUCUUUCUGGAUCGUAACUUCUUCCUGGUGCUUGGUGGCCGUCCAAAGCCAGUCCUACCACCCCACUGUGAACACGCAGUAUGGGAAACUCCGAGGGGUGAGAGUGCCCCUACCCAGUGAGAUACUGGGACCGGUGGACCAGUAUUUGGGGGUCCCGUAUGCAGCCUCCCCAGUGGGGGAGAAACGCUUCCUGCCCCCCGAGCCGCCCUCCUCCUGGUCGGGGAUAAAGAACACCACCCACUUUGCCCCCGUUUGCCCCCAGAAUAUUCACAACGCCGUGCCAGAGAUUAUGAUGCCCAUAUGGUUCUCCUUCAGCCUGGAUAUAGUGGCCUCUUACAUACAGGAUCAAAACGAGGACUGUUUGUAUCUAAACAUCUACGUUCCUACGGAGGAUGUCAAAAGAAUAUCCAAGGAAUGUGCCAGGAAACCCAACAAGAAAAUGUGUAGAAAAGGAGGGGCACAAGGCAAAAAACAGGCCGAGGAUUUAUCGGAUAACGAUGGUGACGAAGACGAAGACAUACGAGACACCGGGGCCAAACCGGUGAUGGUGUACAUCCACGGGGGAUCCUACAUGGAGGGGACGGGGAAUAUGAUCGACGGGAGCGUCCUGGCCAGCUACGGGAACGUCAUCGUGAUCACCCUGAACUACCGCGUCGGCGUACUAGGGUUCCUGUCUACAGGAGACCAGGCAGCUAAGGGGAACUACGGCCUACUGGACCAGAUCCAGGCUCUGAGGUGGAUCAGUGAGAACAUUGGAUACUUCGGAGGAGACUCCAACCGUAUCACGGUGUUCGGAUCUGGGAUAGGAGCAUCCUGUGUCAGCCUGCUCACCCUCUCACACCACUCUGAAGGUCUGUUCCACCGUGCCAUCAUCCAGAGUGGCUCUGCCCUGUCCAGCUGGGCGGUCAACUACCAGCCUGUGAAGUACACCCGUCUGCUGUCUGAGAAGGUGGGCUGUAACGUUCUGGAUACCCUGGACAUGGUGGACUGUCUGAGGAAGAAGAGUGCCAGGGAGCUGGUUGAGCAGGACAUCCAGCCAGCACGGUACCAUGUGGCCUUCGGACCGGUUAUAGACGGAGACGUCAUACCUGAUGAUCCAGAGAUCCUCAUGGAGCAGGGAGAGUUCCUGAAUUAUGACAUCAUGCUGGGAAUCAACCAGGGGGAGGGGCUUCGCUUUGUUGACAACGUGGUGGACUCAGAGGACGGCAUCUCCGGCAACGACUUUGACUUCUCAGUGUCGGACUUCGUUGACAGCCUCUACGGUUACCCAGAAGGCAAAGACACUCUGAGGGAGACCAUCAAGUUCAUGUACACAGACUGGGCGGACCGCGAAAACCCAGAGACACGACGCAAGACGCUGGUCGCUCUGUUCACCGACCACCAGUGGGUGGAGCCGUCGGUGGUGACGGCGGACCUCCACGCCCGUUACGGCUCGCCGACGUACUUCUACGCCUUCUACCACCACUGCCAGAGUCUGAUGAAGCCGGCCUGGUCGGACGCAGCCCACGGGGACGAGGUUCCCUACGUGUUCGGGAUCCCCAUGAUCGGACCUACAGACCUGUUCCCCUGUAACUUCUCCAAGAACGACAUCAUGCUCAGCGCUGUGGUGAUGACAUACUGGACCAACUUCGCCAAGACCGGGGACCCCAACAAGCCUGUUCCUCAGGACACUAAGUUCAUCCACACCAAGGCUAACCGCUUCGAGGAGGUAGCCUGGUCUAAGUACAACCCCCAGGAUCAGCUGUACCUCCAUAUCGGCCUGAAGCCCCGCGUCAGGGACCACUACCGAGCCACCAAGGUGGCCUUCUGGAAACACCUGGUUCCCCAUCUGUAUAACCUCCACGACAUGUUCCACUACACCUCUACCACCACCAAGGUCCCCCCGUCCGAGACGACCCAGAAUGCCCUGUCCACCAAGAAGACGUGGCCCUUCAACACCAAGCGGCCCCCCAUGUCCCCGGCCUACAACAACGAGGAUAAUGAGGCGUGGAACGGAGAUGAGGAGACCGGGCCGUUGGUCAUAGAGAACCCCAGGGACUACUCUACAGAGCUCAGCGUCACCAUCGCCGUGGGAGCCUCGCUGCUCUUCCUCAACGUUCUAGCCUUCGCAGCGCUUUACUACCGGAAGGAUAAACGGAGGGAGGCUUCGGCAGGUCACCGGGGUCAACUCAGCCCACAGACCCGCCACGGCCAGGCUACGUCCAACGACAUCGGUCACCACCAGCGUCCCAACGAGGAGGAGAUCAUGUCCCUGCAGAUCAACCAGACGCACCACGAGUGUGAGGCGAUGGGGGUGGGGAACCCGGGGAAUGACGGGGGGCUGCAUCUGGCCUCGCUUCCCGACUACACUCUGACCCUGCGGAGGUCACCGGACGACAUUCCUCUGAUGACCCCCAAUACCAUCACCAUGAUCCCAAACUCUCUGGUGGGGAUGCCCAACCUGCACCCUUACAACACUUUCACAGCCGGGUUCAACUCCACCGGCCUGCCCCACUCCCACUCCACCACCCGGGUAUAGCUUUACGGAGGAGAGGGGGAUGGUGGAGGAGAGGGUGAUGGAGGAGGAGAAGAGGAUUCUGUUUUUAUAAAUAUCACAGGGAAAGGGUUUGGGGGGGGGGAAGAAGGCAGGAAUAAGUGAGUGGGAUUAAAAAGUAAAGAGAUUUAACGAGACUUUUACUACCAAGAAGAGGACGGAGAGUGUCUGAGAGGAGAGGAGAGCUCACUGCUUUCUGUGUGGAUCUCAAGUUGUGCAGAGCUGCCAAAAUCAAAUUGCUAUUCCUCCCUGCCUCGAUGGGAUGGAGCUGAGGAGGGAGGGGUCCUUUGUGUUUUAUUUUCUAAUGAUCAUUUUAAAAGCCUUUUUAAGCAGACUGACAGGGGAAAUGAUCAACACAUUCUUCUUGAAUUCAUAACACCAAGAGAAAAGUGUCUUUGUCUUUCGCGUCUUUGUCUCUCCUGAGGAAGACAGACUUCAAACAAAGGCCUCUACCAGGAAAUCAGCAUCGUUUGAGUCGCUUAUUUUGUUUUGUUUCAAUGCCUUACAAAAGCUUGUCUUGUUUAGAUUUGUUUUAAUCAUUCUUCAUUUCUAUUGUUCCCAGAGACUAUUCCAUGUGGAGUGUGUGAUAUUUUCACUCAAAAGACACAAGUGACUGAAUCAUGAACUGAACUGGUACCAAGAGUAUCAACUCUACUGCAGUGUUGAAGAUGCAGAGAAUGAAAAAGCAUCUUGGUGCAGCUAGCUUCUCUGUUGCGUACCCACACAACAACCACAGCCACACAGAUGGUGGUAUCUUUUUUAAAAUCUCCCAUAGAGAGGAUUCGUCUGGAAUAGACUCUGCCAUCCCAGAUGACACCACAGAAAUAACAACUAUGUUACUGUGAUUGUUUUGUUAAGAAAAGGAGAAAAAAAGUCCAUAUUUUGCAACCAAUUUAUCUGUUAAGCGAUCUGAUCUUAUCUCUCUCCACGAAGUGUGUACUUUUACACACACACUGCUCAGCGCACCUGUGUGUCGGUGUGCAUAUAAACAUGGUUGUGUGUGCGUGUGUGCAUAUGUUUGCACAUGUGUGUGCAAGCGUGUAUGUUUGCACACCAGCGUAUCCGUGCACACACGUGUGUGUGUGUGUGUGUGUGUGUGUGUGGGCUUACACAACUGUUUCUUGUGUUUGUAGGGCGUUGUAUGUGGUGGCAGGAUAGGAGUGGGUGGAGGGUAGGAGUUCUUUCUCAUCUUGUUCAGUCGGUUCUCUGUCACCAGUGUUGUUUACGCUGCAGCUGCGUCUCUGGGUCUUUACUGCCAAAUAGCACUUGUUAUUUUUAUUUAAAAAUAUAUAUGUCUAAUUUUGCUUAAAGUUGACAAAAAAUAAAUCUAUUAUUUUACGUGUAAGAUAGAAGAAAAAAAAUAGCUAAAGAUUCAACUGAACUAACUGACAUGAUUCCAUUGACUUUAUAAGAAAGGGAGAGAAUCUCUUGAAAAGCAGACAGUGACCUGUUUGCACUGAAUAGACUACAUCAGUGUUCUUGUGUUUCUUUAUGUAUAUAUAUAAAUAUGGGCAUACAUACACAUAUGUAUAGGGCUUUUACAGAGAAUUAUCCCUCCCAUGUAACAACUCUACUACUGAACUACUGUUUAGCAGUUCAGAGAGGUAACUACACUAGGUAACUAGUACUACUGUUUAGCAGUACAGAGAGGUAACUACACUAGGUAACUAGUAAUACUGUUUAGCAGUACAGAGAGGUAACUACACUAGGUAACUAGUAAUACUGUUUAGCAGUUCAGAGAGGCAACUACACUAGGUAACUAGUACUACUGUUUAGCAGUUCAGAGAGGUAACUACACUAGGUAACUAGUACUACUGUUUAGCAGUUCAGAGAGGUAACUACACUUGGUAACUAGUACUACUGUUAAUAUCAAACUGAAAGCACCCCCAACAUGUAUGAAGGUCAUCAUGAAGCUGAACAACCGACCGCUCCAGGUGGCUUUGUAUGAGCUCUAUAUGUAUAUUUAUGUAUAAAUAUAUUUCAUAUUUAUUUAUGUAUACCAGACGCAUACAUGCUGAUUGUGCCAUGUGCCAAAUUAAAACCAGAAAAAUGGA